UGAUCUUUGGUAUGACUCUAACGGGAUUUGAACUCACGACCUACCGAUCUCAGGGCGGACACUCUCCCCACUAGGCCACUGAGUAGUAGAAGUGUUCAAAGUUCAACGUGAUGCUGAUGAGAAACACGGAACUAAAACACGGAACUGGUUAACAGGUGGAGAGGGAAAAAGAGGAUGUUGGGUAAAUCUCCGGGGAUCCAGUUUCUGCCGGUUGGAGGGUAGCAACAAGUAUACUGUGGCCAAUAUAAUUGAAUCUGCAAUAAAAAGUAUCAUAAAAAUAAUCAAAAUUUCAUGCCUCCUUGUACCAUUGCGUCCUUGAUGUACAGCAUUAGGACUUCAAUGUGUCCAACACCUAGCUCUGAAGGGUCAUUCUAAUGCAGUCCACUUACAAUAUGUCCUGAAGGGUGUUUCCUUUCCCCUGCCCUCGAAUGUAACCUAGUCAGUAACAAGAGCCAAGAUUCAUUAGAGGCAAGCUACCAUUAAACAGCGGGAUUUGUUUUUUUUUGACUCGGUCUUACGAGAUACUGUAGGCUUCUCUACCGGGUAUACCAAAAAAGGAAGCGGGACUACGCUGAACCAACACAGGAUAGUAGAACUAGGCGAAUUGCCUCGCCAUCCAGCUGAGUAGAGCCUACGUCGGUGGAGCAGCCGGUAAAACUGUCUGUGCUGAGCGGACAGGACCCGUUGAACGGAGUGCUGGAUUUUGAAUCGUAAGAAGAGAUUGUGCAUCAAUCACCGGAAUCGAACAUGGCAUUCCGACAGCGGUGGUCCUCAUUACGAGAGUGUUACGAGCAGCACAUUACAGAGAUGGACACAAGGGAGGUCACUUUGCAUCGAGUGGUCAACAUUGUUGAAAGGAGGAAUCCCCACCCAGGGGCGGUAGCCUAUGACCGAGCUUUUGAUGAUCCGUGGUACAAUGGAGUUCCAAAUUAUGGGGACCGUCCAAAUUAUCAAGAAGGCCCUAAUUUUCAUGGUGAAAACCGCCACGUGGAAGACGACUACCCUCCAAGCCGAUACUACGACGACAACCCCAACUAUGGCAAUGUCCGUAGCGAGUCACCACCCCACCAUCAGGAGCCACCCUAUCAGCGUCCACGUUAUGGCAGAGAUGAUUUGAGGCAUCAGUUGCGCUCAAGGCAAAAUGGCCAACCCGGUCCUUAUUACAAUACCAGAGGUCGGGGCCACUCUCAAAAUCAAAAGGAUCGUAGUCAUCACAGGCCCUCCAAGAACGAGUCUGAGCGUUUUUCCGGAAAGAGGAAAGGCCCUCUACCUGCCAAGAAGACCUGCUCCUCUGAGUCGGACAAAGGCUCUGCCCAGCCUCCAAAGAAUGAAACCCUGACUGUAACAGUGCCCACUCCGAGCAGCCCCGUGGAGGAAACUCCUCAAACGGCUUCAUUGUCAAUGGAACAACCCUCUGACUCCGGCGCAGACGUAGAGGAGAAGGUGGUGGUAGAGGUGGCCCCUCCCAGCGCAGAGGCCAAGACGACUCAAGAUGAAGUCGUAAUGGCCCGACGAUCUGAAGCCAUUAAAGCCAAGGCACUGGAUAUUAAAAAGCAUUUUAAACAGGACUGUGAAACUUUUGUCACGGUGGUAAAGAUGCUGGCGUCCCAGGAGCCCACUUUGGAGACUCUGCUUCAGGGAGCGGUCGAUGCAAAGUUGUCGGAGAUCAAUGAGCACUACCUCACUGCCCUCAGGCGCUACGUGAAAGAACUCGAUGAAGCGUUGGAGUUGCCGGCCACCUCAACCUGAUAUUGGAGUAUAAACACAAAAAUUCUUCCAGGGACACAAACUCUGCUUUUAACUACUUUGUUUUAAUCAUGCUGUCAUUUUUUAAAUGUCUUUAAUAUGUUAUCUGCACUUUUGCUCACCAAAAUAGUCAAUACUGCAUUCAACUUGUGUUAUUUGUGAAGUCUAUACAGUGGGGCCAAAAAGUAUUUAGUCAGCCACCGAUUGUGCAAGUUCUCCCGCUUAAAAUUAUGACAAGAGGUCUGUAAUUUUCAUCAUAGG